CUCACAGGAGCUUUGAACAGAAGCUCACUGUCUGUGUUUAAUCUCAGUUGUUUGUUUCUGCAGGUCCAGUCAACGAGGAGAACUUCUUUGAGUGGGAGGCUCUCAUCAUGGGUCCUCAGGACACGUGUUUUGAAGGUGGAGUGUUUCCUGCCGUCCUCAGCUUCCCCUCUGAUUAUCCUCUCAGUCCUCCGAAGAUGAGGUUCACCUGUGACAUGUUUCACCCCAACAUCUAUCCUGACGGCAGGGUGUGUAUCUCCAUCCUCCACGCUCCUGGAGAUGAUCCGAUGGGUUAUGAGAGCAGUGCAGAGAGGUGGAGUCCUGUUCAGAGUGUGGAGAAGAUCCUGCUGUCUGUGGUCAGCAUGCUCGCAGAGCCCAAUGAUGAGAGCGGAGCAAACGUGGACGCAUCUAAGAUGUGGCGUGAGGACAGAGAGCAGUUUUACAAACUCGCCCAGAAGAUCGUCAGGAAGUCUCUGGGCCUCUAGAGAUGAUGUCAUCAGGCUGCGACGAGCCCGGCUCUGUGCGUGUUCAUGAAACUCUCACCUACGUCCUCCGCCAUCUUUACUCAGAAAACAAACAUCAAUAAACGUACGGAGACUUACUGAAGAGGAGGGCAUCUUCUACAUCACCAUGGACCCAGCCAAACACGCACACACACGCACACGCACGCACAUGCACACACACACACACACACACACACACACACACACACACACACACACACACACACACACACACCAUACACACACACACACACACACACACACACACACACACACACAGAGUGCUGCUGAGACAGACUGAUCAAUAAACUGAUAGACAGAGACUGGAGCCGAUAAGACGUCUGGAUCAAUAAAAAACAUCCAGUCGACAAAAGUUUAAGUUAAAAAACGUCAACCGAAGAGGAAGUCAGCUGAGCGAUCAUGAGACCAUCCCCACAGUGACAUCAUCAUCAUCCUCGUCAUCGUCAUCAUCACAGACAGCAGCAGCUUUACUUGAUCAGCCAAUUAGAGCUGCUCAGACUCAUCGUUACAUUAUCAAUAACAGUGACUCGAUGUGAUCAGAAAAAUAAAAACUGAUGAAGUCAGAAAAAGUUACAGCUGACGCUCCUCAACGUGACAUCAUCUAACAGCAGGUGUGACAGGUGGGCCCUUCACAGUAAAAGCCUUCAACUGAAGCAGAAAAAAACAAGAAGAAGAUGAAGACUCACGAUGAUGUUAAAAAUAUUAAUCUGUUAAUUAUUGAAUUAAUCAAAUUAUAAGAUAGUAACUCAAAGAUGAAUAAAGGUCACAAUUUAGAGAUAAAAGCACAAAAUAUGAAGAUUAUCAGUCAAACUUAUUAGUCAAACAUAAAACAUGAGACGAAAAUAAAUAAUUUUACAAUGAUUCAAGGAGAUAAAAGUCUAAAUUAAACCACAAGAGGUCAAACUUAUUCGACUGAAAGUAACACAAUUAAUAAAUAAAAGUCAAGAUUAGGAAAAAAUAAGUAAAAUUUUAUGAGAUAAGAGUCAAACCUAAUAGAUGAAAAGUCUAAAUUAUAAAUCUGUAAGUUACUAUGAUGAGAUAAAAGAUGAUCUUUUCUGUCAUGAUGAGCUUUAUCACAUACUGAUGACUUAUUACAACUUUAUCAUGAUAUAAAUAUCAUCAGACUUAGUUUUUCACUGCUUUCUGUUGGUUUAAGGAUCACAGCUGGAAUAAAACCGUUGCAGUAUUUGAUAGAGAAGAACUCAUCUGUCUCCUCAGAUUUCUUGAUUCAUCUUCUGAACAAAGAUGAGUAAAUCAUCUCUAAUAAAUCACUUCUUUCUUAAACGUCAUAGAAACGCAUUGAAGAGUUUCUGAUGUUCCUCAGCUUCCUGCUUCAGACCUGUUCUUCCUGUCAGGUUCAGACUGUGUAACGUCUUCUCUCUUGAUGUUAAAGAGUAAACUUUGAUUCAUCGGUCACAGAAAACAAAGAGUAAAUGAUUCUUCGUCCCCUCCACGCUCUGCUGCUGUCGCUCUGACACUCUGCUGACUUCCUCCGGCAUGACGUUUUCCUUCAGAUUGAGCGUCGUUGAGCAGAAGCUGCUUGGCUUCUCUCAGAUGGACUUUAUGCACUUUAUCUCUUCCCUAAGGAUGAGGAUGAUGAUGUUCGUCUUCAUCAGGAUCUGAGUGCGCUCAGGAGAGCUCCGGCUGCUGUUGGGUUCAUAGUUUUAAAGAGAAGCUGGAUGUUCUGAAGAUGGAGAGAAGUUUUAGUUUGUUUCUGGAUUAGAGAGUGUGUCUUUGAAUAAACUGAGGGAAGAAAAA